AUGAAAGCAAACAACGAGAGUGCGACCUACACUUUGGGUCUAGCGAUAUGCUUUAUCCUUGUUGCAUUCAUCUUCCACUCUCUAGGAAGCAACCGCCAAAUACUAUGGCUAGAACCGCUAUGCGCUGCCAUGGUUCCGACGGAAUCAAAAUAUAAAGACACCGAACGAGAGAAAAAAAGCAUCACGACAUCAGACUAUGACCGAGGCUUUAAAGAUGGACUAGCAACUUCCUUCAAACUAAAAGUCCACGAGGAGAUGAAAAUGGCUCGAACAGGAGCGAAGACCUUGGCGAGUGAAGACAAACGCGUACAGCUCAAAUUGGCGGAAAUGGACAAGCAGGAGGCUAUUCGACAGAGUGUUUUCGACGCCAACAUGAAGGAAAUCAAGAAUUGGAGAGAAGAACGAUUGCUAGCAAUCUGGGAACAGAAAAGAGCAAGGGAGAAAAGUAUCAUGACUUGGUUCCGCAAAGGUUCCGCGUCCAAAGUGAAUUCUGGGACAAAAGCUAUUGAGUGGAGAGACCCAAUCAUGGUGAAGGAACCGCUCAGCGCACACAAUCGAGAUGAAAAGAAGGACGGGUGGUAG